AUGGCUCCUGAGCUCAAAGAGUUGGACGAGAUUGACUGGCUCAUCGAACUCUCGUCUCAAGACCGUAUGUUCCUCGAAGAACUGGCUGAACUGUUUCGUCUCGAUGAUCCCUCGCUGCACCAGGCUGUCACCCCUUCUGAGGUGGAGCCCUCUGUCGGCGGCACACGCCCCACUUUCUCGUUCACGAUGGAGGAUCCAAGCAGCAUGUCAGUCCGAUAUCAGGGAAGCGCCGACGUCGACAUGUUUGCACCAUCUCUCGCCCUGACUAAAUCGCCCUUUUCCGCGGGCCAAUCGACGGCUCAGCUGACUGAGGCGUAUCCUUUCUCCCCGUUCCCAAUGGGCCCAGUCAUGGACAAUCAACACGACACCCCAGGCCAUGAAACUGACACUGUAUCCCUCCACAUUAGCUCUCGGCUCGAACAGCGGCUUGAUACGUCUGUUUGUGAUGGCGGAGUCGAUGCCGCAAUACCACCCCUUAGCAGGACCGGCGUCACCGAUGACAACAUGAGCGAAACCCAGACGCCGUCACUGGAGCUCAAGCUGGAGGAUCAAGAGUCCACAGAUGCAGACCCCACGGCUCCCUCCGGCGGUACAUCAGACAUAAGAAGGGAGGCAGGUGUUGACACGCAUAGCAGCCAACUUCGUGAUGCACUGGACGCCAAGAGGUCUCGCACCCCAAAGCGCCGACAUCGCAGCCCGUUGCGUAAGCGUGAGGAACUGAAGUUCGUCACACUCAGAGAUAUUGCCGAACCAAAUGGAUAUAUCAAGGGCUCGUUCCCUCUACACAUUCACAGUCUGGACAUGCACCCUGACCCGACCGAGUCCUUCAUGCUCCAGUACCGCUGGGAUCGUCGGGAGAAGCUUUAG